UCUUCGAGUUCUACGAAGCUUCCAGACUCUCUCAACAGUCAGCAUGAAGUGCUUCGCCGUUGUCGUCCUGCUCGCCCUGGUGGCCACCGUGGCUCUCGCGAAACCCACCGGGGUGGAGGAGUCCAUCGAACCGGCACAGGCCGAGCCCAUCUCGCCGGAAGCAGCCAGAAACAAGCGAGGGUUGCUGCUGAGCGCGGCUUACACGGCGCCGAUUGCUUAUAGUGCAUACACCGCGCCGGUUGCGUACUCCGCAUACAGCUACCCCUAUGCCUACACGGCCUAUUCGGGCUACCCCUAUUACGCCGCCUCCUACAGUGCGCCCUACUACUUGGCCUAAAUUCGCAACCGCACAAGCCCGAAGAAACAUGCGGAAUUACCAAUCAGCCUCUAAUUUCACAACGACAACCGGCUCGACUGUCUGCAAGAAAAAAGCACUCGCAACGUGAUUACGCGGGAUCGAAAAAAAGUGACAGACACACAGGAAUACAUUAAGUAAAGUAUUAAGCGUUACAUUUGAAUUUCUAUUCAUCAAGCAUUUAAUUUAUUCGAGAUACUGUUUGAUUACUGUGUUUAUUAAUGACAUUAUUCAUAAAAAUGCGAAAUAGACUCUCUAGCAUUCAUUUGAAUUUGAUUACCGGAAGAGAUUUUGCUUUAUGAGAUAUUUUAUUUGUGUUGAGGCUCAUUUAACUCGCUUUGAGAAUAUCGUUCUGCACAAAUAAUCGAAAUGUCAUACAGAGAUAUGUUAAUUUUGACAAUUAAGCAUGCGAGAAAAUAUGGCCAUAAUAUUAGUGAUCAUUCGUAUGCGCAAUGGAGCUUUCAAAAAGAUUGCAAAUAAGCAGGAAGUGAGCCAUACCGGAAAUCGGGCCUUAUUCGGGUGAGAUAUCUUAUUUUGUAAAAGGUUGCCAGUACUAUUUCUUGCAGUUGUAUCUAUAAACUAUGCGAUUUUCUCUACGAACAAUACUCGUACAUCUUACACUUAUUACAUUAGCACGCACACAUAUACAGCACUUCUUUAUCAAAUAGUCUAUAUAUUUACGCGAGAAAAUGAAACGGACUAUCCACCACAUCCGAAUUUGCACGAGAACAUUUGCGAAAUGAUAUUACACUUUUUUCGCAGAGUGUAAAUAAAAUCGUCGACAGAGCGUUGUUAAAAAUGUCUCUCCGUACAUUCGUCCCAUUUCUGUAUCAGUUACUUCACUGAAAAUACUUCGAUUAUACGACAUUAUCAUUCGCAUUGUAUUCCACUACUUCGUUUAAAUAUCCGUCUAAAUCUUCACGAAGAGAAUAUUCGCAGCGUGAUUCUGUACCUCAUCGCAUAAAAUAUUGAAAAAGAUAAAAAAGAUAAUUGACGAAACGUUGCUAAUAAUUCUCCUUCGUGCAAGUGUAUCUUCUAUAUCUGCUGUAUAUAUUGAAUAAUUUACUCUACAAAAAAUAUAACAUAUAAUGCAAUGAUA